CUGCAGACGGACUUAGUUGUAAACAAACGCUCGCCACUUCCGGUGAUGUUCACAGGCACGGCCUCCCAGAAAAUAAGAGUGACUCCAAGCAACACCCUGAUGGUUAUGGAGAAUGAUGGACAACCUGGCAACAAAUAAGAGCAGCAUACCCUGUCAGUCAUGGGUGGGCCAGAAUGGCUGGUCAGGAACUGCAGCUCAAGGACCCCUCUUCAACCCACAGCCCAGCUCUCGGAAUCUCAGCCUGGGCUCGUCUUCUGACCAAAGAACCACUUACGAGCACCUGCAGGCGCCCAAUCAGAGCUGCAUGAGUGACAUCAGCUCCUUACCAUCCACUCAUCACUCUGCCCUGUACAAAGCUUCUCAUAUUUGCACCAAUUCAUUAUCCACCACGCUGUUUGCCAACACUGCUGUCCCAAGUUCCUCUCAUAGCAUGUCCUUUGCUCAGCAAAGCCCUCCCGCUUCAUCACUGCUGCUAACUGUAAACCAAGGAAAAAAUGCACCUGCACCGUCUCUACCCCAAACAGAUCAAGUUCCCCAGUCUUGCAGGCCCCAACAUCUACCACUUCUCGCAACCCAUGACCCUUACAAAGCGUCAUUUCAACCUACAUUAACCAAUCAUGGUUUACCAAAUGGACUUCAAGAUCUGCCCAUUAGCCUGCCGUCAUGUGGACAACGUGAGCAGCAUCAGUGGAUACCUUCAUCACACUGCAGGGGAGCUGUAAACAAGUCUGUCCCUGAUGUAGCUGCUCAUGCUAAUAAAGAGCCGUCUCAAGAAGGGAACAUUAGUCCGCCGGCCAGCAAUGAGAGAUGGCGUUCAGUACUUUUACAUCAGCGUGCACAACUACUCAAACAACUGGCAGAGUUGGAUAAACUUCUGGAAUCAGUACCUCCAGAUGACAGCAAUGAUGGGCAGUCUCCACACACAGCUACUGAGUGUGGACAAAAUAAGACCAGUAAUGAAGGGCAGGCUCAUCUGUCUGCAGGAAAGUCAAAGUCACAAUCACGUCUUUCAGCGGACUGUCCAUCACCUGUAUCUUGUAGUGAAGAAUGGGAGAACUGUGAUACACCAGAGGACCAGAUGUCAACAGCAGAAUCAGUGAAAAAAGAAAAUUCCUCAGCCGAGUCAGGGGACAGUGAUCCUGAUUACUUUCCUCACAGUGAUAGUGACUUCUCUGAUUUCCUGUCUGACCAUGACUUGGCCUCUUCAGAUGAAUCCAGUCACAGCAGUCCCUCGACCCCCACCUGCGAAAGGCCUUCUCUCCCAAGGAAAAGGAGGGCUAAAUUGGGAAGUUCUUUGCUUAAGGCCAAAAGUGUCGGUCCUCCAAAGCAGACAUGUGCAACUAAUCAGAAGAAGUCUUCUAAAACUGUAGUGUUGCCAUGUUCAAAUUCUAAAGCACACCGUGUUUAUGACAAGAGGAAUUAUUGUGUGUUUUGUUCUAAGCCAGUAUCCAAAAUGGCACGACAUCUUGAGAGGAUUCACAGUGACAAAACAGAGGUUGCAGCUGCAUUUCAGUAUCCCAAAAAUUCCAGAGAAAGACAAAAGAUAUGGAACAGAUUAACAAAUGAAGGAAACUUUGCUCAUAAUAAGACUGUCUUAAAAACAGGAAAAGGCCAACUUGCUGUCCGAAAAAGACCAAUGCACACUAGACAAGCCAAAGACUUUCUUCAUUGUCUUUACUGUAGAGGCCUUUUUGUGAAGAAAGCUUUGCACAGACACAUGAGGUUGUGCCCAGAGAAAGUGAGGAAUGACAAUGAGUCACAGAUCGGAAGAAAGCGCAUCGCAUUGCGUUGUGUGCUUGAAACUUCAGAAGACCUCGGCAUAACUGAUGGAUUUAAGGGCAUUCUGUCCCAGAUGACAUACGAUGAUGUGACACAAGCUGUCAUGGAUGACAAAGUGAUCUUGCAGUUUGGUGAGCUCUUGUUCAAUCAGCACGGAUCUGAUGUGAAGAAGCAUGAUUAUAUAAGACAGAACCUUCGUCAGAUAGCAAGGCUUUUGCUUGAAGCUCAAAAAAUAACCCCUCUGAAGAAACUGGAGGACUUCUUUGUCCCUUCAAGCUUCCCACAUGUCGUGGCUGCGGUGAACGUCCUGGCAGGCUACGAUGCAGAAAACAAAACGUACAGCAUACCUUCCCUUGCCAUCAAGCUUGGCUAUCACCUACAGAAGACAUGUAGCAUUGUUGAGGGUAACGCAGUGAAGUGUGGUGAUGCAACUUUGGCAGAGUCUGCACGAAACUUCCUCUCUGUGUACCAGAAAAAAUGGAACAAGCUCAUUUCUGCAGGCGCAUUAACAACACUCAGAGAAACAAAAUUAAACACAGAAAAGAAGGUGCCCUUUGCUCAAGAUGUAAAGCGCCUGAACUUCCACAUGGAGAAUGUUCAUCUUCUUGCUGAGAGAAAACUCAGAGAGAGUCCCUCUGCAGAAAACUAUGCUGCUCUGGCCAAGGUAGUACUCGCUCGAACAAUAAUUUUCAACAGGAGAAGAGCCACAGAGGUAUCAUCGGUGCAGCUAACAGCUUUUAUGUCACGGAAAAAGUCAAACUUGGACACUGGCAUGGACAUAUCUGUGUCAAAUUUGGAAAGAACCAUGUGUAGGUUCUUCACUAGAGUUGACAUACGAGGGAAGUGUGGGAGGAUGGUCCCUGUUUUACUAAAACCAUCGUUCAUGUCUGCUAUGGAGCUUUUUGUAAAAGUUCGCGAGACGUGUGGAGUCCCCAGCGAGAAUCCCUUUCUGUUUGGCCGACCAAAUGCACUGUCUGCCUACAAUGGCUCAGAGUGCAUCCAGAAAUAUGUCAAAGAAUGUGGAGCUAAAGACCCAGAAGCGCUGAAAUCACCAAAGAUCAGGAAGCAUUACGCAACAAUGCUGCAGCUAAUAAACCUGGAUGACAAUGAGGCAGACCAAAUUUUAGGCCCUAAUAAUCAAGUCCGAAACCUGCGACAGGACAGUGGCAUGCAGCUGGAUGACGUCGAAAUGGACCCUGAUGAGCGAUUAGAGCCUGCAAGAGGACCAGAAGUUGCAUCAUGGGAUCACAAUGACCAUUCCAGCGCACACUACAGACCAGCAGAGCUUUAUCAUGAACAAGCUCACGGAGCCACAACGGGCGCCGACAGGACUGUACCUCCAGCAUCUGUCAACUCAGGCAAAAAAGGCGCCCAAAAUAAGGGUAAACAGAAAUGGGAGGAAGCAGAGGUUCUUGCUGUUGAAAGACACAUGAUGGGGUUAAUUCAAGGACACAAGGUCCCUCAGAAACACGACUGUAUUCAGUGUCUUGAGGCUGAGCCAGAAGCACUGAAGACCCGUUCAUGGAAAGGUAUAAAGGACUACGUCAGAAACAGGAUCACUGCCCUAAAAAGACAAAGCGGAACAUCUCAAGCUAAGUCCACAAACAGUAACUGGCCUGGGCAAGCAGAACCACAGAAUUGCCCACUUUAUUGGACAAAUUGAGAGUGAAGAGGCCGACAGAAACGGGGAGAGAGAAGUAGGAAUGACAUGCAACAAAGGUUGCUGGCUGGAAUCAAACCGGCGACGUUGUGAUCAUGUGUCAUGUGUACAGUAACCAUUCAGCAAUUAAGGUGCUUCAGAACCACAGCAGAGAAUCCUGAAGUUUUUCAUCAGUUAUAAAUGUAAUAUUUUGUUGAAUGCAAAAUCUGUUUUGUGCAACUGUUUCCUCCAUUUUCCUGUCCUUAACCACCCUCUGUUCCUCCUUGUCUCUCUUUCGUUCACUCUCCAUGGCCGUUUCUUUUGCAACAUUGUGUUUCCAACCAUUAAUAUGGCUAGGAAUAGAUUGAGAUUUGAUCAUUUUUAUGGUGGUGCAGGUCUCACUCAUUACUGUUGUUUUAUACAGUAUAUUUUUCACUGUUCCGUUGUUCAUUUGGACAGAGACAGCUCAUGUAUACAGACAAAUUAUGUCUUACACAGAUUUAGCUGAUGGCUAAUAAAGUUUGGAGCUGUAAGUUAACUUGUGACCAAGAUAUCUGGCAUACUGUAUUGUUAUUCUGUUUGCUGUAUUCAUGUACACUAUUUUGUUUGUCUUUGUACAACAAUUUACCACCAAUAAAGUGCCAGGAAUAACAUUCUAGUAAUGACCAAAAAGAUGCAUUACCUGUAUUCCACUAAUGGGCUUGCAUGAUCGUGCAGUGAUUUGUGCACCCUAUCAGGCCUUUCCUCUUGUAUAUAUGUACUGUAUAUAUCAAUGACAAGCGUAAAGGUAAUGCUUAGAAGCAGCUGUAGCAGCAGCAAAGUCACAUGUUCAAAAAUUGACUAAUGUUAAAGUACAGAAGUAUAAGCAACACACAGUAUGAAAGGUAGGCAGCAGAAUUUCCCGUCUUUAUUACAUUACCUUAUUCAGUAUUUUGACAUUAUGAUUACUAAUAACAUGUAUGCAGCAUUUUAAUCUGGCACUGUAGCCCGUCAAAGUGAAGUGAAUCUCUACUACUGUUUAUGUUUAAAG